AUGGCGCACGUCCAACAGGAGCAACCAAGCUCAUCACCAGGAUCCAGGCGAUUCAGAUAUGCCGAUCCGAAGAGUUUACCUAGCUACCCUUCUCUCGGCCUGCCGAGUGACGCCUCAGCUUCAGCAGCGGCUACCGUUGGAUGGUCCCGGAGACAGAGUCCCCGUCCGCCUUCGGUCAAACCCACACCCGAAAGGACUGUCCGGUCAUCAGCGGCUGCUGCGGCCUCUUUCGCCGCGGACUCGAAGGGAUCGCAAAAACGCAACCAGGCCGUCCGCGAGCUAGCCACGAAUACCGGCACGACCGCCUCCCCGCACCGUAAUAGUUUCUCUCAAGAAAACUGGGGGAGCUCGGCGGCAUGCUUAGCCUUCAAGUCUCAAUCCGCGCAGGCCACUCAAAGCACUAAGAUGAGACCUCGCCUCGAUAGCCGCUCGUCGCUGAUGGCAGCGCAAGAGGCAACGGCCUCGCGGCCGAGAUCAAUGUCGUCACCUCUCAUCAAGCAGCGUGCCGGUGGUGUGUCUGACACUAGUGCGGGCCAGAAAUGGUCUUUCGUUCCAGAGCUAUCCCCUUCGGCGGAAUCCGGCGCUAUCCCGGCUACGGCCUUGGAUCGCAGCAUGUAUACGUCUCACCCCCCGGUGAGCAUCGAGGUUGAAGAGAAGAGAAGGGCCAGCGAAAUCCACUCCUCGGCUGUAGCACUAGCGAGACAGGCAUAUCUACAACAACAGAAACUAGCGGAACAGCAGGCUCACGAUGAUGCUUACUCCGAUGAUAUGCGCAGUAGCACAGAUCUAGGCCAGCCUGAACCCGUGAAUCUUCACGAGGCGGCAUACAAGCUAGCACAAGAGCGACUGGAAAAACUCCAAGAAGAAUUUCGGAAGAACCGCGAACUUCAAGAGCAGAACACUCCCGAUCAAAUUCCAGCCCCUCUCCACCGAGUCGCCAACGCCCUGAGAAUACGUCACAGGUCCUCAAGUGAUAGCGAUUUACAACUUCGACGCCACAAUAGGACGUCGAGAGCCACGGCCAUUUUGCCGCCAUUGCAAUCCAAAGCCGACGAAGAGCAACGUCGAAAAGACCGCGAAGCCGUGCUCGCCGCGGCCCGGAAAAACGUCGAGUCUCAGCUCAGGGGCAUCGACGAAAGCAUAUACGAAGAGACGGGAAAGGUUCCCCCGUGUAAAUUGGCCGAAUGGGCUCCCAGGGCCGAGGCCAUCGCCCUGGCCAAGGUGGCGUCGGAGAUGCCUCCGCCGGGAAAGCGAGAUGUCGGGGGAGGAAUGUACGUAGCGCAGGACGAAAUCGACGCCGUUGCUGUCCGUAAGGUUAAGCCGAUUUUGAGGGAGAUGGACGUUCGUGCGGAGAAGGAGCAUGAGCGCCAACGAGUGUUGAAAGAAGAGCAGGCCGAGAAGCAGCUGGAGGCGAAAACAAAGAAGGUACAUCAGAGAGAGAUAAGAGACAUUUACCGGAAGCUCAAAGAAGGUCAGAAGAAAAAGGAUAAGGAGAGAGAGCAAGUACUUGAAGAAGAAGAUCGGAAAUGGAAGUCGGGCGACAGGGUCCUGCGGAUGGAGGAGGUGGAAGCGGCCCUCGUCGGCCCCACUGCUGCUCCCCGUGCCCCUUCCGGUACUGCCCUCGGUACUGCUGCCGUUAAUGCUUCCGCUACUGCUCCCGUCCCUGCUCCUGAUAAUCGCAGUAUAACAUCCACCGAAAUUGCGGAAUUUCGACUUAUAGCAAUGUCGGGUACUCAGAAUGGCGAGGCAGUCCCUACUCACCCAGAACCGUCACACGCCCUCCCACCGGUUCAAGAGCCGGAGAAUGCCUCCACCCCGAGAAGUAUUACCCCCGUCGAGGAGGAUUCUCCCGGUCACAGUAAAGAACCAGCCUUGUCACCAGGAAAGGUCAAGAACUGGAUCAAGGCAAGACUCUCCCGGCAGAAAGGAUCUCCAAAGGCUCUCGAGGAGUCAGAGAAGGGAUUUGUCGGCGGUUACACGGCGAAACUGCGGACUCCAGGUGGAAGUACGCACAGCCUUGUACCUGUCUCGUCGAUGAGGGAAGUGGCCGUCGCGGGAAGGGAUAGCCUGCCUCUCGGUGAGGCGCGAGAGAGCGAGGCCAAGACUGGUGACGCCGCAGCGGGACCGCAGUUGACUCGUAUAUCGAGCGCAAGCUCGGGCGGAUCGGAUGAGAGGUUUGUCGAUGCGAGAGAGACUCAAUCGCCGGCGACGCUUUCGCCUACUGAUAUACCGACGAGGGCUGUUUGGACGCCGCCGAUUGGGAAGAGUAGAAGUCCCGGGCGGGGCUCGCGGUUCAAAGAAAUUAUCGAUUGA